CGGCGACCUCGGGAUCGGCCACCUAGAGGCGACUUCGGGGCGCGCGCGGCGGCUCCCGCCCGCCCUCGGAUCGUGUUGACAUAUUCACGGGACAGGCAGUAGGACCGGUGCGGCGCAGCGACGUUACCGUUUCCGACACCUUCUUUUUAUAACUCGGCUCUGUCCCCCAGCACUCGACCUGUGAAAACCACGCCUAUGCAGCGACACAAUUGGUCCGAAAGCGUCAAAGAGCCAAUCAAGAGGCCUCCGGCUCCCCGCGGCCCACCGCGCAACCCCAGCUUCUAGAGCCGCGGAGCAGACGCCCCGGGGAGUUCGGAGGCCGAGCAGGGAGGCGCGGAGCUCCGCUCGCUCUCUCGCGCGCCCUCCCUCUCCACGCCGGCUCGCCGCGCUCUCUCUCUCUCCUCUCUCUCUCUCUUCUCUCUCGCCCCCUCCUCUCCAUAUUGCCCGCUGAAUCCUGCCUAGCCUGCGCGCCUGGACGCAGAUUUAGGAAGCGAAUUCGCUCACGUUGUAGGACGAGGAAGCGAGAGAGGCCCGGCCGAGAAAGUACGGCAAGACUGGGACGGAGCCCGAGACAGCCUGCGGAGGCGCUCAGCGCAGGAGGGCGAGCCGCAGCCUGGGCGCAGCUCGAGUUCGGACGGCGCUGCUCGAGGGGGGGUCCAUCGCAUUGAUUUUCAUUUUUUUAAAUUUUUUUCCCCUCCCCGCCCCCAGGAGAGACUUUUGCAGCUCGCUCGCUCCGGGCGAAAGCCGGGCCCCCGGAGAGGGAGAGGGAGAGAGCGAGCCAGGGGGGCGGGGGAGAAGGUGGAAAGACUUCCAGGAGCGCCGACCGCACUGGCAACAAAGGACCCGGGGGCUGGGGCGGGACGCCGGGGACCCGGGGCUGCAGCGGCGGGGCUCGGGCGCGAGCGCAGACCCUGCCCGCGCCUCCGGCCUCUGAGAGCGACCUGCAGGAGCGGCGGCAGCGGGGACGGACUCGCCGGCGACUAUGUCUCCCGGGCGCUCGCCUCCUCCUCUCUAGCUCUGGCUGCGAAACGCACUUCCCUCCCCUCCCUUUGAAGUGCUUUCGUUGUGAUUUCUUUUUUUUUUUUUUUUGGCUUUUUUUUUUUUUAAACAACCACCACAACAAAAACUAUGUGCUGCUGUUGAACAACAAAACAAGAAACCAAAAGACCAGAAACCAAAAGCUCACCAGCAGCAGCCGCCGCGGACUGGGGCCCGCCCGGAGUGCAUGAACCUCUCCAUGAGAGAUCCGGUGAUCCCUGGGACGAGCAUGGCCUACCACCCUUUUCUGCCUCACCGGGCGCCGGACUUCGCCAUGAGCGCGGUGCUGGGGCACCAGCCGCCCUUCUUCCCCGCGCUCACGCUGCCGCCCACCGGCGCCGCGGCGCUCUCGCUGCCCGGCGCGCUGGCCAAGCCCAUCAUGGAUCAGUUGGUAGGGGCGGCCGAGACCGGCAUCCCCUUCUCGUCCCUGGGGCCGCAGGCGCACCUGAGGCCUCUUAAGACCAUGGAGCCCGAAGAGGAGGUGGAAGACGACCCCAAGGUGCACCUGGAGGCCAAAGAGCUCUGGGAUCAGUUCCACAAGCGGGGCACCGAGAUGGUCAUUACCAAGUCGGGAAGGCGAAUGUUUCCUCCAUUUAAAGUGAGAUGUUCAGGACUCGAUAAAAAAGCCAAAUACAUUUUGCUGAUGGAUAUAAUAGCUGCGGAUGACUGCCGAUAUAAAUUCCACAAUUCGCGGUGGAUGGUGGCAGGCAAGGCAGACCCGGAGAUGCCCAAAAGGAUGUACAUUCAUCCGGACAGUCCUGCCACCGGAGAGCAGUGGAUGUCCAAAGUGGUUACCUUCCACAAACUGAAACUCACCAACAACAUCUCGGACAAACAUGGAUUUACUUUGGCCUUCCCAAGCGAUCACGCAACGUGGCAGGGGAAUUAUAGUUUUGGUACUCAGACCAUACUGAACUCCAUGCACAAAUACCAGCCGCGGUUCCACAUCGUAAGAGCCAAUGACAUCCUGAAACUCCCUUAUAGUACAUUUCGGACGUACUUGUUUCCCGAAACCGAGUUCAUCGCCGUGACUGCAUACCAGAAUGAUAAGAUAACUCAGUUAAAAAUAGACAAUAACCCUUUCGCAAAAGGUUUCCGGGACACUGGAAAUGGGCGGAGAGAAAAAAGGAAGCAGCUCACCCUGCAGUCCAUGCGAGUGUUUGAUGAAAGACACAAAAAAGAGAACGGGACCUCGGAUGAGUCCUCCAGCGAACAGGCCGCCUUCAACUGCUUCGCUCAAGCCUCUUCUCCCGCCGUCUCCACGGUGGGGACCUCGAACCUCAAAGAUCUGUGUCCCAGCGAGGGGGAGAGCGACGCCGAGGCCGAGAGCAAAGAGGACCACGGCCCCGAGGCCUGCGAAGCAGCCAGGAUCUCCACCACCACGUCGGAGGAGCCGGGCCGCGACAAGGGCAGCCCCGGGGGCAAGGCGCACCUCUUCGCAGCCGCCGAGGCGAGCGGCCGGCCCCGGGACAGUGGGCGGCCCGACAAGGCGUCGCCCGACUCGCGCCACAGCCCGGCCACCAUCUCGUCCAGCACCCGCGGCCUGGGCGCCGAGGAGCGCCGCAGCCCGGGCCGCGACGGCGCGGCCACGUCCAAGCUGGAGGAGGCGCGCGCGCCGCCGGGCAAGGAGGCCUUCGCGCCGCUGUCGGUGCAGACGGACGCGGCCGCCGCGCACCUGGCCCAAGGCCCGCUGCCCGGCCUCGGCUUCGCCCCGGGCCUCGCCGGCCAGCAGUUCUUCAACGGGCACCCGCUCUUCCUGCACCCCGGCCAGUUCGCCAUGGGGGGCGCCUUCUCCAGCAUGGCGGCUGGCAUGGGGCCCCUGCUGGCCACCGUGUCCGGGGCCUCCACCGGUGUGUCGGGCUUGGAUUCCACCGCCAUGGCCUCUGCGGCCGCGGCGCAGGGGCUGUCCGGGGCCUCGGCCGCCACGCUGCCUUUCCACCUCCAGCAGCACGUCUUGGCUUCCCAGGGCCUGGCCAUGGCGCCGUUCGGGAGCCUGUUCCCUUACCCGUACACGUACAUGGCGGCGGCGGCCGCUUCCAGCUCGGUGCACCGCCACCCCUUCCUCAACCUGAACAGCAUGCGCCCGCGGCUGCGCUACAGCCCCUACUCCAUCCCCGUGCCGGUCCCCGACAGCAGCGGCCUGCUCAGCACCGCGCUGCCGUCUAUGGCCGCGGCCGCGGGGCCCCUGGACGCCAAAGCCGCCGCCCUGGCCGCCAGCCCGGCCUCGGGGGCCGUGGAUUCGGGCUCGGAACUGAACAGCCGCUCCUCCACGCUGUCGUCCAGCUCCGUGUCCUUGUCGCCCAAGCUGUGCGCCGACAAGGAGGCGGCCACCAGCGAACUGCAGAGCAUCCAGCGGCUGGUCAGCGGCCUGGAGGCCAAGCCCGACCGGUCCCGCAGCUCGUCCCCCUAGAGCCCCGCGCCCCGGAUUCUGCCCAUUCCAGUCCAGUCCAGUCUGCCGUGCACUUUGUGGGAUGGCCAAGAAGCCAGCGUGCCUGCCUCGGCGCGCGGGGGCGGGAGGGGGGGAGUAGCCGUUCCCUUUGGCGGUCAUAGGGGCCAGGGGUGCCGGCCUCCCUGGACAGAACGUUCUAGAGCCAGGCCUUGGCGCCUUGGCUUCUUAGCAAUGUUUCUGUAUCCUGGAUCUAGCCCCAG